UGGUUUGAAUUUUCUAUCACAAACGUUCGUGUUCUCGUGCUGUGAACAUCUAAAGUAGAGAGACGUGUGUUCAGCAUCGCCCGAUACCGACUCGGAAGGAACAAAAAAGAUAUAAUAGCUACAAUUCCUGCAGCAACUAUAAACCCUACCAAAUAGGAUUAACCUUAGUGUUUAUAAUUAAAUUAAUUUAGGACUUCAAUUUCUUUUACACCAAAAAAAAAUCUACAUGUAAGUAUCUUGCGAUAAAACUUGUGAAAAUUAGCUUUUGAAAAGUGAUUUUGAGAAAAUGUGCAAAACAAAAAAUAGUGAAACCACCCUUGAUAGGGUUACCCUCGUGGAUUAAAACGAUUGAGGGGGCAUAACACCUGUGCUAAAAGACGGUUAUGAGAGUGUUUCAAGCACAUCCGGUGGUUGAGAGGAAAAAAAUUGGCCAAAAGGACAGCUCAAAGGUGCAAUGAUGACCAAAGUCGCUUUUCUGGGAAUCCCUUUAACUGCCGCUUUGUAAAAAAAGCGCGGGCAUGUGUGUGUGUGUGUCAUGGAGAAAGAAUUCUCCGCUCGAUUUUCAACAUCACCAUAUAUGGUAAAGAGUGACGUGGUUGGUCGCUGGCCAAGUGGAGGGGAUGACUAUUCAUACAAAUUUGGCCUUAGCUGUGCUCGACACUGAAAUUGUGGCGUCACUUGCCACUCAUCUCUUGUGAAGUGCGUUUCCUUCGGCAGUUGCAGUACUCUGAUUUUUAAAAGCAGUUUUUUUGUUUGCCACAAUUAACACUCAAUUUUCCAAUAAAUUUCCUCUGUGUGAUUCCCAUCUGAUUAAUUGAUAAAAAAUCCAGAAAUCAAAAUGUGUGACGAAGAAGUUGCUGCGCUCGUUGUUGACAAUGGAUCCGGAAUGUGCAAGGCCGGUUUUGCCGGUGAUGAUGCCCCUCGUGCCGUAUUCCCAUCCAUCGUUGGUCGUCCAAGGCACCAGGGUGUGAUGGUUGGCAUGGGUCAGAAGGACUCCUAUGUGGGUGAUGAGGCUCAGAGCAAACGAGGUAUCCUCACCCUGAAAUAUCCCAUUGAGCAUGGUAUCGUCACAAAUUGGGAUGAUAUGGAGAAAAUCUGGCACCAUACGUUCUACAAUGAGUUGCGUGUGGCUCCCGAGGAGCACCCAGUGCUACUCACGGAGGCACCCCUCAAUCCAAAGGCCAACAGAGAGAAGAUGACUCAAAUAAUGUUCGAGACAUUUAACACACCAGCUAUGUAUGUGGCCAUCCAGGCUGUGCUCUCCCUCUAUGCUUCCGGUCGUACUACUGGUAUUGUCCUGGAUUCUGGCGAUGGUGUAUCCCACACUGUUCCCAUUUAUGAGGGCUAUGCCCUACCGCACGCCAUCCUUCGUCUCGAUUUGGCUGGCCGUGAUUUGACUGACUACCUUAUGAAGAUCCUCACGGAACGUGGAUAUUCCUUCACGACUACGGCCGAACGUGAGAUUGUACGUGACAUCAAGGAGAAGCUCUGCUAUGUGGCGCUUGACUUUGAGCAGGAAAUGGCCACAGCUGCCAGUUCGUCAUCACUGGAAAAGAGCUAUGAAUUGCCCGAUGGCCAGGUUAUUACCAUUGGCAAUGAGCGAUUCAGGUGCCCAGAGGCUCUAUUCCAGCCAUCAUUUUUGGGUAUGGAGGCAUGUGGUAUUCAUGAGACCACCUACAAUUCCAUCAUGAAGUGCGAUGUUGACAUCAGGAAGGAUCUCUAUGCCAAUACGGUUUUGUCUGGUGGUACUACCAUGUAUCCAGGUAUUGCUGAUCGUAUGCAGAAGGAGAUUACAGCUCUGGCACCAUCCACCAUGAAAAUCAAGAUUAUUGCACCGCCAGAGCGUAAAUAUUCCGUCUGGAUUGGUGGCUCCAUCUUGGCAUCACUCUCAACAUUCCAGCAAAUGUGGAUCUCCAAGCAGGAAUACGAUGAAUCCGGACCAUCCAUUGUCCACAGGAAGUGCUUCUAAAUUUUUUUCCCUCUUUCAUCCUCCUCAGAAACAUCCCCCGCAACAACAAAAUCAUCUCGCAGUGCAUAAAAAAAAUAAAAUUCGAGGAGAUAUUUUCCAAGACACAAUAUUCCAAAAAACACUCAGAAAAAGACACACAAGAAUUCCCAAAAAAAACACUCAGAAAAAAUUAUUUGGGUUAGUAUUAAUAAAAAAGAUACAUUUGCUAAAAAAUCAAUAUACCCAAAAAAUAAAUUUUCUGAUUAACUUUUUUCUUUGCUAAAAAAACAUAGAAAAAGAAAGACAUUAAGAGAAAAAAGCCAGGUGGUCCCCCAAUUUAUUAUUAUUAUUUACACAAUUUAUUAUUUUUCUUAUAGCAUUUUGAGAAAUACUAAUUUUUUUUUCAAAUGAGAUUUCCAGCAGAAAAAAAUUAGUUUAUUUGCGACUCUUGUUUAUAAUUAUCAAUUUUUUUUUAUAAAUAAUAUUUGAAAGAUAAAAAGACAAGACCAUCCUUCUCUCUCUUAGAUAAAAGAAAAAUAAAAAACAUUCAUUGCCGAUCAAAAUGUAAUGUAAGAAUUAUUUAUUUUUAUUAAAAAUGAGUAAAAAUUCGUAUAAAAUUGCAAUUAAAUGCCUUUUUAUGUGAAAGAAAAACCCACUGUUGUAUUUUCUUUUUUUAUUUUAUGUUUUUUCUUUUUUGUUUUGGUUUGGUCAUCUGAUUUUGACAAAUUGUGAUUAAAUAUUCAAUCCUGUGAAAUAUUUACCAUGGCGUUGUCUGAUUGGCUAAAACUCAAAACCUUUCAACGUUCUAGCCAAGACUCGAACCCGCUUAACUCUUUCGUCUCUUUUGGGACUCUGAGUACCCAAAAAAAACAUAUGAAUAUUUUAUGAAAAACAGUGUUUUUUAAUUAUUCAGAACUGAUAAAAAUCCGAUUCUUGUGGAUAAUUACAAACAAUAAGGAUGUCCAAAUGUGAGAUAUUUUUUGUAGGACCUCAAUUAAUUCCUGAGCUUAGAUAUUUUUAAUUAAAAAAUGGCGCAUUUGUCUUGCAGCAUUGCGGUCCGGAAAGAGUUAAACUCUAAAAACUAUUUCACAGGAUCAAAUAUUUAAUUCCAUAUGGACAAUCGCUCUUCAAAAUAAAUUCACUCCAAUCGCGCAAGACUUUUAAGUUUAA